AUGGCACCGAAAUUAAAGUUGGAACCUCGUCAUCUUCCCGACGAAGAACAAACCCAGAGAGAGAUGAUCAGAUCAACAGUUUGUCACGUUACAUUCCUCCUUUCCUUACUCUUCUGCUCCAGUUCAAUUCUGUCCAGUGUGAACACUGACCUCCAUGCUCUGCUCAAGCUCAAAGCUUCCCUGAAGGGGCCCAAAGCUUCCCCUUCUGCAAUGGAGGAUUGGAAGCCCUCUGCUUCUCCUACUGCUCACUGCAAAUUCUCUGGAGUUACCUGCGACGACAAUUUCACGGUUGUUUCUUUGAAUAUCUCGUUCCAUCCCCUGUUCGGUUCCAUUCCGCCGGAGAUCGGCCUACUUGACAAGCUUGUCUCUCUCACGCUUUCCCAAGACAACCUCACCGGCGAGCUUCCCAAACAGCUCGCCAACCUUACGUCUCUGCAAGUCCUCAAUGUUUCACACAACGCCUUCACCGGAAACUUCCCUGGUGAAGUCACUCUCAAUAUGACGGAGCUUGAGGUUCUAGACGCUUAUGAUAACAGCUUCAACGGGUCGUUACCGGAGGAGGUUGUGAGAUUGAAGAAACUGAAGCAGCUCCUUCUCGCCGGCAACUACUUUUCCGGCGAGAUACCAAAGAGUUAUUCGGAGUUCGAGAGCUUGGAAAUUCUGAAGCUGAAUGAGAACAGCCUCAGAGGGAAAAUCCCGGCGAGUUUAGAAAAAUUGAAGAAGCUCAGGGAAUUAUAUUUGGGGUACAGUAAUGCGUACCAAGGAGGUAUUCCACCCGAGCUAGGCACGAUGAGCACGCUUCAACUGAUCGAUUUAUCAAGCUGUAAUCUCUCCGGGCAGAUUCCACCCAGCUUGGGCAAUUUGAAGAAUGUGCAAUUUCUGUAUCUGCAAGUGAACAAUCUCACCGGAACAAUUCCACACGAACUCUCCGGUAUGAAUAGCCUCAAAGAACUGGAUUUAUCGAUCAACGGCCUCACCGGAGCGGUACCUCCAAUAUGGUUUUCCCAAUUAACAAACUUAACAUUGAUCAAUUUGUUUGAAAACAAGCUUCAUGGGAUUAUCCCGUCAUUCAUCGGCGAAUUUCCGAAUCUGGAAAUCCUUCAGGUUUGGGGCAACCAUUUCUCGUACAACUUGCCUGAAAAUCUGGGCCGGAACGGGAAAUUCAGGAAACUUGACGUCACAGGUAAUCAUUUCACGGGGCUGGUGCCGAGGGGUUUGUGUAAAGGAGGACGGUUGGAGAUUUUCAUUCUUAUGAAUAAUUCCUUCGACGGUCCGAUUCCAGAGCAGCUCGGUGAGUGCAAGUCUUUAGAAAAAGUUCGAAUUUCUAAUAAUUUCUUCAAUGGAUCAGUUCCUCCUGGGUUUUUCAAUCUUCCUUCCGUCACAAUAAUCGACCUGAGCAACAAUAACUUAUCCGGGGAGCUACCGUCGGAUAUGUCAAGCGGUGUUCUCGGAAUUUUGGCACUUUCGAAUAAUUCGCUCACCGGUAAAAUCCCUCCAGCGAUCGGGAAGCUCCGGAGCUUGCAAACUCUGCUACUAGACAUGAACCAAUUUGUAGGCGAGAUUCCCAAGGAAAUGUUCGACUUGCAGAUGCUUACGAAGAUGAACAUGAGCCACAAUAACCUCACUGGUCGAAUUCCUGACUCCAUAUCUCGCUGCGUUUCCUUAACGGCCGUCGACCUCAGCCGGAACAUGCUGGUCGGAGAAAUCCCGAGAGGAAUCGAAAAAAUAACGAUCCUGAACAUUCUCAACCUCUCAACGAACCAUCUAACAGGCCCAAUCCCAGAAGAAAUGCGAAACAUGACGAGCCUCACCACGCUGGAUCUGUCCCACAACAACCUCAGCGGAAGAAUCGCAAGCGGCGGGCAGUUCAGCGUCUUCUCCGGCGAGAGCUUCGCCAGGAACCCGAAUCUCUGCUCCCCACAGGAUCAGUCCUGCAAAACAUCUUCUGCAAUCACUUCGUUGCAUGACAUAUGGCUUCCUCUUUACGUUUUGUUGAUGACGACCACAUUCAUGAGGCCACUAGAUUGAAUCCUUCCCGCUCCCGGGACUGGAAAAUACACGUAAAGAAAAGGUCUUUCAGCCGUAAAUAAAUAUCUAAAACGUGGGUGUUUCUCUGAUAAUCGUGUGCCAGUGUAGAUGAAGAACUUCGAGACGAAGAACUGCAGAGAGGAAUGAAUCUGAAUUGGAUAAUGAGUUAAAAUGUUAGAUCAUUUCAUUUGUUGAAUGUAUUUUCAGAUGUUGAAUAUAGGGCUUGCCUGGUUCUCCCCUGCCAAAUCCUAUGGACCAGCUUUA